UCUCUCUACAUUUCGAGGAAGAGGAAAAGGGAGAGACUUUGGUUGAGCUCCCCUGAGCUGCUUCGAUCUCUCUCUCUCUCUCUCUUCCGCCCUGCAAAUCCUCGAGCGAAGUUCCCGCAUACUGCAAAGGCUGCGCAGGAUUGGCUGUGUUGAGAUUCGUUUGGGUUCUUGGAUUCGGGUACCCGGAGCAUCUAGGAAUGGCAAACCGGAUCAAGGAAGACGAGAGAAAUGAGCGAAUUAUACGUGGUCUUCUCAAGCUCCCCGAGAAUAAGAGAUGUAUUAAUUGCAACAGCCUGGGACCACAGUAUGUUUGCACCAGUUUCUGUACAUUCGUGUGCACAACAUGUGGUGGAAUACACCGGGAGUUCACACAUCGUGUAAAGUCUAUAUCAAUGGCUAAAUUCACCUCACAAGAAGUUAGUGCCCUCCAAGGAGGUGGAAAUCAGCGUGCGAAGGAAAUCUAUCUCAAGGAAUGGGAUGCACAGCGUAAUUCUCUGCCUGAUGGCAGUAAUGUUGACAGGCUGCGAGAUUUUAUUAAGCAUGUCUACGUGGACAAAAGAUACUCAGGUGAUAGGAGCUAUGAUAGACCUCCAAGGGCAAAGAGUGACAAAGAAGACUCAUACCAAGGAGGUUCUCGAAGUCCUCCAUACGAGGAGACGUAUGAUCGGCGAUACAGCGAUAGGUCAAGCUCCGGUGGAAGAAGUCCAGCAUACGAUCAAGAAAGCAGACAGUAUAGUGAUUACAAGAGAAGUCCUUCUCGUCCAGAUGUAAUCAAUGAUUGGCGUCGAGAGGACAGAUUUGGAAAUGGAAAGAAAUUGGAUGAUCACCGAACUUCUGAUGGAGAAUCAAAGAUAGGAGGAUCACCUGAGCGACCAAAAGAUCUAGAUACAUCUAGUCCACCUAUAGUGCGACCAGUUAGGGAAAUACUGGGAGAUAAUGUUUUGCCUCUUCGGAUAGCAGAACCUCCAAAAGCCAAUGGUACCAGGGCCACUGAUGGCUUGGUGCAGACACAGAGGACUGCAUCUUCCAGUAGCUUGGGUUCAACAAACGGGAAUGUAGCAGAAGUUAAACCCGAGAAAGCAGUUAGCUUAAUUGAUUUUGAUGCCGAUCCUGAACCUCCUACUACAGCCUCCACACAGCCACAUCCACCUACCAUGAGUCAAGCCGCCAUUUCUCCACCGAUGACUUCUACUAGUCACGAUAAUUGGGCCUCUUUUGAUGCCGCACCUGCAACAAUAGUAUCACAGCCUCCCUACACAAGUCCCCUGGAUUCUGUCAUAUUUCAGUUGACGACUCCAGCUCCUGCACCUGGUCAACAAUCAGGGGGCCCUGGGUUAGGCGGGGCAUUUGUUGCACCUGGAGGCAGCUCAGCAGUGUUACCGAUGGUUGGUAAUUCAAUCGCUGCACCUGUAGGUAACACUCCUGGGUUGCCCUUGACUGCAGGUGCUUCCACAGUCGCGCCAGCGGGUGGCUUGUCAACAUUUUCUCAAGGAGGUGCUUCAGUCAUUGCCCCAGGAUUGGUAUCAACUUCUGCUGUAAGUGGUGGCCCUGCUUUCAGUACUCCACCUCAGCAACCUAAUCUAUUCCCAGCAGCUGGUAUGCAGACUGCUCAACCAUCUUCAAUGCACAUUCAUGGAGCAUCUACCAAUCAGUCCUGGAAUGCGUCACCUCCUGCAAAUAUGCAAGGACCUUUUAGCAUGGUUUCGUCUCAAGCACUUCAUGCACCAAAACCUCCUGAACAGGUCGCUCCUGGUGUGACUUCACAAAAUGUCUCUGCUGAAAUAAAAUCAAGUUCAAGAAAAGAGUUGCCUGCGGAUCUUUUUGCUGCAACUUAUCCAUCCUUUCCAGCACCAGUUAUGGGGUGGCAAACUGGUCCCCCUUUUGGAAUGGGAUAUAUGCAAUAUAACACUGUCAUGACAAUGCAAGCUUUGCCUCAGCAAUCAAAAUCAGUGAACCCAUUUGAUACAAGUGAACCUUCUCAAGUUCAGACUCCAGUGUUUCCCUCCAUGGCAUCCUUGCAGGGUGCUUUACCAAAUGUCCCACCCUCUUCCAGCCUCAUGCAUGCUUCCAGUCUUGGUACUCCCACGCAAUCGUGGAUAGCCCCUCAGGGCACUUAUGCAUCAGCAGCAUCUCUGCAGCCACAACCUCUCGCAUCAGCAUUGCCGCCAAGUGCCUACGUGGGACAGCAAAUGCAUGGUAACAUGCAUCCUCCCAGGUAUCAAGGACUAGGGGGAUUUGGCAUGGAGGGGGCUUCCUAUGGCGCCUUGAAUAUGAAUCAGUUAGGAACUGCUGGUUUUCAGGCCCCCCGUGCACCGAAUUCUUCGGCACCAGUCGGAGGGAACCCGUUUGGCUAGAUUGCAAAGAGCAAAGCUCUCUGACAUCACUUGGGCAUCUCCUUGUUGCUCCUCUUCAUCUUGUCCCGUCGAAAGUUUUGGUUUCUUAUUUUAAUAGAGGCAGCUAGAGAGAGAUUCAUUUGCAUCCAUUAUUUUGGGGCAGCCGUCAACACGUUGGAUUAGUAGAUAAAAAAAUCACUGGAACUCCAGCCGAAAUCACAUGGGCUCAAGACGUCUCCUCCUUGAUCCAAGUUUUAUCUCUUUUUUAUGCAGCAAAGGUGUUAAUUCUGUUUGUAGAUUCUCAUUAGGCAUUUGAUGGUCCAACUCGAUUGUUUCUGUUGUAAAAUUCCUUCUUUUUUGUUUUAGUUUCGAGAUUGUUGCAUAAUGAUCACUACGUUCUGUCAGAUGACGUUCAUGAAACAAAGCUUGUAAUGAUGUAUUGUGGGGUGUGUAUAUGUUGAUAUUAUUGAAUGAUGAGUUUUGUAA